AUGGCUCCCAGCGGAAUUACUAGUGUUGCCGCCUCUAGCGCCCCUGCCCGGUCAUCUGGGCCUUCUGGUUCCGAGAAGUCAGGCCAAAGCUACAACUGGGACUUCCGCCGGAACCCCACGAUGCUCCGCAUGGUGCUGGAGGCGCUGAAGGCCCGGGAGCAGCCGCGGGGCACGUCGCGGGGCAUGUCGGUGGUGGCCAUCAAAGUCUACAUCCAGAGCAAGUACCCGACGGCGGCGGACGCGGGGCGCUUCAAGUACCUGCUGAAGCAGGCCCUGGACACGGGCAUGCGGAAAGGACUGCUCACCAGGCCCGUCAACUCCAGGGCCAGGGGCGCCACCGGCAGCUUCAAACUGGUUCCCAAGCACAAGAAGAAAGUCCAGGCCAGGAAGACGCCGGUCCCCAAGGUCCCCAAGGUCCCCAGGAGGCCCAGGGAGGCUGCUGGGAAGGGCCCCAAGAAGCCAGGCGCGGAGCAGAAGGAAGCGCCCAGCUCUGGCCAGGCCGCGAGGGCCGUCCCCAGGCCAGGGCCAGCCAACCAGGGGGUCCCCAAGAGAGGCCGCCGGGAGGCCAAGGACGCCGAGGCCACCAAGCCUCCCCCCAAGCCAGCCAAGGCCACUCGGGCCCCUUCCAGUGCCAACGGGACCAGUGAGAAGCGGAGAGCCAAGGGCAAGAGGCGACAGCCAGAUGCAGAGGCUUGUGGGAAACCCAAGGUGAAGAAUGCAAGCUCAGAGGUGAAGACCGCGGGUUCAAAGCCCGCCGACGGGCAGGUGGGCACCUGGGUGACCCCCGGGGUCAAGAAUGGAGUCUCCUCCCCAACCAGAAGGAAGAUGGCAGCCAAGACCCCUAAAGAGAAGGUCGGCCAGGGGCCCCGGCAGAGAUCAAGACCCAAAGCUGCUGCUGCUGUCCCUCGGAAGGGUGAUGGGUCCACGGCUGUCCCCACACCUGUGGCCAGGAAGACAGAGGCCCCUGAGGGCCUGAGAAAGCCCAGGCUGCCCACCAAGUCCCCAUCCUCCAAAGCACGCAGCAAGAAGGUAGAGGCCGAGAAGUAGAGGCUGAGAGGUAGAGGCCAGGAGGUAGAGGAGGCCGAGAGGGAGAGGCCGAGAGGUGGAGGCUACGGUGGGCAGA